AUGCUUAGCUCUGGUCAUGUUUCAGUCCCUCGUCAAGGCAGAAGGGAGGCGAGACUACAGGCAUCUAUGGGACUGCAGCUGAGAGACAUCCAGGUGUUGUUUCUGGUACUGAUGGUUGUGGCUGCACCGUUUCUUCGCUGUGCUGCUGCGGCUGGUGGCGUGGUCCCCCGAACGAGAAUGGCCACACCUGUAGCCGGCAACAAUUACUCGGUGCUACUCAUGAACUGCUUUCCCGGCGUUGUACUCAGUGCUUCCAACGUCCGAUACGCCUGUGAGGUUAAUAGCACCAAAACACUGAUUGGCUUGAACCUCUCCGCCUCGUACUACACCCCAAUAGGCCUCAUUCGUGGCUGGCCGGCGACUCUUGAUGCGGAACCCAAUAUCAUUACAUUCCUGCCUGAUCGUGAGGUGCCUUCAGGACGUUGGGAAUUGGUCUUCACGUCGUUUUCUGACGUUAACAAAUCAUAUUCUCCUAUGACGACCACUAGGAGCAUGGACUACAUGAUGAUUAGUGACGCCAAGGCGAAUUUCGCUGCGUCCAAUCCGUAUUACGGUAUGGGUGUCUCGUGGGCACCCAAUCUCCCAACCGGCAUCACGGCUUCGGGCCACAUGCUGGUGCGCUCUUUCGGUGACUGCCAGUACACCACUACAACCUGCGCUAACACUGAUGGGUGCCACAGUAUGCUGCCACCUGCAAAGCUUCCUCCUCCUGGCGAAUACUGGCUCUGCGUGACGUCAAAAGACUGGCGUUCCCAAUACCUUCCAUGGGGUGUGAACCCUCUUGAAGUGAAGAUGCUGAUGGCAACGCCGCUGUACUUGACAGCUGGUAAGGACAGAAAUGUCAUGUUGCAGGAUGCGGAAUCUGUGGUCAGUAAAUUGAACCGUGUGUUCCUGGUGCGGUGCCCUGGCAACGACUGCCCCCGUGUGACUACCGGCAGUGGGGAAGAGGUGGUGCACUUUGAUGCGUGUGCUAACCCCUCCGUCUUGUCGCGGGUGAAUCUGUCCAACCUCCAUGUGCUGUCUGCACAAGCUGGCGUGUACGCUGUGUGUGUCGAUGACGGUGAUGGAGAGUACACUGCUCCUGCUGCGCUCCCGGUGACGGUGCUGCAGGAGCCCUUUGCCUUCAAGGUAACUGCUGACAAGGACAAGAACACGGCUAAGAUUGAUGUUAGCGGAGGUGACUUCGAGUGGCGCAGAGAGCCAUACACGGUGUGCGCUGUGCCGCAGGGUGAAGCAUGUGGUUCCGUGUCUUCUGGGUCUCGUAUGUGCGAGAAGAGUGAGUCCCCAAAUUCAUUAUCUGUGUCUAUGGAUCUCACCAGCAGGGGAAUGCGUGUUAAGGAUGCGAAGUUCUGCUUCAUCGCAGCCGACGUGACAAUCGGCGGACGCGCCUACACGUUUACGCAGGAUUUGCCGGGGUACAGCGCUGUGUUGACAAGGGGACUGUCUGGCGGAGUCAUCGCCGGAAUUGUCAUUGGAUGCAUCGCUUUAUUGAUUGUUGGGGUUGCCGUGUUCUACUUCUGCUACUGGCGACGAAGGCCGAAUGUGAGUAAGAACGGCGAUUACCCCUCGACCUCUGUGCCGCGGCAUGUGGCCAAGAAGAGAAGUCGCCCCGUGGAAAAGUCCCGUGUGGCUGCUCGUGAAGAUAAUGACGGGGGCCCAGCGAGUAUCGGUGAUUAUCCUUCACUGUACUCGCUGGGGCAGGUGGAUAACCCCAUGGCGCAUGGGCAGGCGGAGGAGAGUACAUCAGUUCCCAACGUGGAGUCGACUGCGCUUCCGUGGGAUGAGGACAAUUCAGACAACCUGUCGAGUGAAAGUUUCGAGGAGGAGGAGGGUGAGAGUGAGUACACGUCAGAAUCUUACACGUGGCCAUAUCCCUUUCCGCCAGAUAAUAUGCCGAAGGUUUUCUUUUCGGACGUGAUAUUGCCGGACAACCCAUUCUAUGAUCCGGCGUUUAGCGAUACGUUGGAGCUAGAACGUUAUGAAGUCGCCAGGGGGGUGCGCUUGACGCCAGCAGAAAUUGGCAGACAGUUGUGCUAUGUGCGUAAACCCGGAAUAGGAGGCGAUGGUGCACCCAGAGUGCGCAGGCUUCCGCGUUACAGGCCUGAAAGGGACAGUUCUGAACAGGUGCGCGGGCCUACCGACGUGAACGGCGCAGCUGCUCCGCUUCUGAAUGGGAAUCAAACCGGUGUGGCUCGUGGUGCGGCAAGUCCUGAGAGGGACCCGCCCGCUGGGCACUUAUAG